AUGCAUCAGACGAAAGUGAUUAUCGGUGUUGCAUCGUUGUGCGGAACUUUGGCCAUUCUCGCAUGUGCAGCCAUCAUUCCAGCAAUCUAUGGGGUCAUCAAUGAGGUUCAGGAUGAAGUCUUUGACAGCAUUCGCAAUUUCCGUGUUGAUACCGAUUCCGCAUGGAGUCAAAUAAUGGACAUUCAAGUUAGUGUUACCCCAGCGGGCAAGCCCCGUCCUAACCCAUUUGGCAGUAUCUUCCGUAAAAGGCGUGACAUCUUUUCUGAAUUACCUGAAUUCUGCCAGUGCGAACCAACGCUACCCACAUGUCCACCUGGACCUCCCGGACCUCCAGGGCACCCAGGAAUUGAUGGAUAUCCAGGACAACGAGGACCACCAGGAGACGAUGGUACUCCAGGUGCACCAGCUCCUGACUGUCCAGCUCCAGACACCACAUGCAUCAAAUGCCCCGUCGGAUCCCCAGGACCAAGAGGAGCUCCAGGAGUACCGGGAGCACCAGGACCAAACGGACCUGCCGGAGAAGUCGGAAAUCCAGGAAGAACCGGAGCUCCAGGGCCAAGAGGACCAAAAGGAGAUCAAGGUUUACCUGGGCCAAGAGGACCCAUUGGAGAACCUGGCGCAGCAGGCCGUGACGGAACUGAAGGUGUACCGGGU